GCGCCUCCGGCAGUUUGGCGCCAUCGGGCGGCAGGGCGGGGGCCGAUGGGAGAUGUAGUCUGCGCGGCUGCGCGCCCUGAGGCGGUGGUGCUGGCCUCUGCCCGCCGACUGGCCUCCAUUCCUAUCAAGAAGCAAGUGCCUCUGAGAUGAAAUACUGAUGUACUGACUCAGGUUUGUUUGAAAUGGUGAAGAUGUCAUCUGGCCUUACAGAGGAGCAAAAGAGAAGAAUUGAAGAGAACCGCCAAAAGGCUUUGGCUAGGAGAGCAGAGAGGCUAGCAGCCCAGCAAGGUGGGCAGCUGGGGAUCACUGGGCCUCAGGUAAAAGAACAGAGUCCAGACAAUCGAGGAAGCUUGAAGCAAGAAAACAAUCAUGUCAGGUUCAUUAGCCUGCCCCAACAGAAUCCAGACAGUCCUGCGGAGCAGAAGAGCUAUCUUCGGAGAGAUUAUAAUCAUUGCACUGCAAACCAACAGAUGGCUGGUUCACAGGGAGAGCAACAAAAGAAUUGUUCAGAGGACUCAAAACGAGGAAGUGGCAUUAAGCAGUUCCCUACAUCAAUCCCAAAUUCUCUCAGUUACUCCCAUCAACAUUAUUCAGAUGGACAGUGUGGACAACAAGCUUUAAUUAAUCUUGGUAGACUCCAGCGGCCCAAGUGCUACCCAGCUUUCAAAAAGCCUACAGAAAUAUCUCACCCUAAUUUGACUGGUAACAAGAACUCUGACGGUAUUAAAGAUUUACAAAGUCAGAGCAAAUCUGCCAUAAAAUAUGUUUCAUCACCAAGCAGCACCACUCUGAGUGCUUCAGAAAUGGUGAUAAAUACAAACAGACUAACAGAAAGACAGGGUGGAAGUGGUGUCUUUCCAACCAGUGGUAAGAUACAGAAGCUGACUAGCCCCGCUAUUGCAGACUCUAUCAAAGCUGCCUCUUGCAAGAAAGCAAAUAAUGUCACAAAAGGAAAAUGUGUGAAAUAUGGAGAAGACCGUUUUCAGGUUGAAGUAGGGUAUAAUGCUGAACUUAUUGCUUUGUUUAAGAAGAUACCAACCAGAAUCUAUGAUCCUACUACGAAAAAAUGGAAUUUCAGCCUAGAAGAUUACAGCAGUUUCAUGGAAGCAGCAACUCAACUUUCCUCUGUGAUUCUGGCACCACUGGAAGGAGAAAAUGCAGUUGAGUUGUCAUCAGGCUCUCAUUUCAGCAGCAGCGGGGUUGAUAUGGUAUCCCUCUUGAACAUGUGCAAGAACUGGAAGAAACCCUCAGCCCACGUCAAAGGGAAGUGUGUGCUGAUCUCUCGUUCUCGGUUUGAGGUUGAUAUUGGGUAUUCUGCAGAAGUGGUUGGAGUGUUCAAACAGAUGAAUUCCAGAAAUUAUGAUAUGAAGACCAGGAAGUGGAAUUUCUUACUGGAGGACUAUCCCAAACUGAUGAAAGUGUUCCAGAACCUUGUGUCUGUAGAAGUGGAGCCACUUCCUGGGACAGUCAUACAGGCCUUUGCUGCUCAAAUACAGAGUUCUACAUCACAGAAGAUGGAUUUUCCUGAUGCUGACCUUUCAGUAGUGGACUCUAAAAUUGUGACAAGCCUCAUGCCUUUUCAGAGGGAAGGUGUGAAUUUUGCAGUUUUAAAAAAUGGCCGUUUACUUCUUGCGGAUGACAUGGGUUUGGGCAAGACUGUUCAGGCGAUCUGCAUCGCUGCGUACUACCAAAAGGAAUGGCCCUUGCUGGUGGUGACUCCUUCUUCUGUGAGGUUUACAUGGGCAGAGGCAUUUCACAGGUGGCUUCCAUCCUUAAGACCAGGAAGCACUAAUGUUAUAGUGACUGGCAAAGAUAGCCUAACAGCAAGCUUGAUUAAUAUCAUCAGCUUUGACCUCCUCAGCAAGAUGGACAAGCAAAUCAAGAGCACUUUCCAAGUAAUUAUUAUUGAUGAAUCUCAUUACCUAAAGAACAUAAAAACUGCGCGGUGCCGAGCUGCCAUGCCUCUACUUAAGGCUGCGAAGAGAGUGAUCUUACUUUCGGGAACCCCUGCCAUGUCACGGCCUGCAGAGCUCUACACACAGAUUGCAGCUGUCCAGCCAGGUUUCUUUCCACAGUUCCACACCUUUGGGCUCCGCUACUGUGAUGCAAAAAAGAUGCCGUGGGGUUGGGACUACUCUGGAUCAUCCAACUUAGUUGAACUGAAAAUUUUGCUGGAAGAGUCCAUCAUGAUCCGACGUCUUAAAUCAGAUGUGCUAUCCCAGCUUCCAGCAAAGCAACGCAAAAUGGUUGUGGUAGCUCCUGAAGGCAUUAAUGCAAAGACCAAAGCUAUGUUGGCAGCUGAAGCUAAGAAAAUGGCCAAAGGAUAUGAAAGUAAGCAACAGGAGAAGGAAGCUCUUCUCCUCUUCUACAACAGAACAGCAGAAGCUAAAAUCCACUCAGUUAUAGAAUACAUCUUGGAGUUACUAGAAAGUGGGAAAGAUAAAUUCCUGGUGUUUGCUCAUCAUAAAGUAGUGCUGGAUGCAAUAGUUGAAGAGCUGGAGAAGAAACAUUUCGACUACAUCCGCAUUGAUGGCUCUACACCGUCAGCUGAACGGCAGUCUUUGUGCCAGAAGUUCCAGUUAUCAGAGAAACAGGCUGUGGCCGUUCUGUCCCUCACUGCUGCAAACAUGGGCCUGACACUGUCUGCUGCGGACCUGGUGGUGUUUGCAGAGCUCUUCUGGAAUCCAGGGGUUUUGAUCCAAGCAGAAGAUCGGGCGCAUCGAAUUGGACAGACCAGCUCUGUUAAUGUACACUACUUGGUGGCUAGAGGCACAGCAGACGACUUCUUAUGGCCAAUGAUUCAAGAGAAAAUAAAAGUGCUGGGAGAAGCGGGACUUUCAGAAACCAAUUUCUCCAAUACAGCUGAAUCUACUAAUUACUAUCCUAAGCCGGAUCCAAAGCAGAAGACCAUUUACGACCUUUUCCAGAGGACCUUCUCUGACAGCAAAGAUGAUACUGAUGUUGCACUUUUAGAAGCAGCUGAUGCUUGUUGUGAGUUUGACUCUGACAGUGCCUUUCAAGACAUAGAAGAGAGGUGUUCAGUGAGUUCCCCCAAAAAGCGGCGUACCGAGGAGUUUAUUAAAGAGUAACAAAGCAAAAGUGGCUAACGUAUAUUUUUAACUUAA